ACAAAUUUACGCACUUACGCAAACAAGCAUUGGCGUAUGAUCGCGACACUGGAAUAUCAUUCAGUUGUCAAAACAACCAGAAUAAAUAAUCAGUUAUUUAAAACAUUAACACACAGCCUACGUAUUCGAGCAUACGCCAAGCGACGCAUGACACACAUCACGCAUCGUUCAAGUUGCCCCGUUCUCGUCAGAAUGCUCCUCUAAUUCCAACGAGUCGGUGAAUAUUUAUAAAAAUGCAAAAAUCGAAACUCACUAAUCGUGCCCACGUAUCGCCCAGUGCAGUGUUAAUUGGCGAUUAAAUGUCCUCAAGUUGACCCGUUAAUGUUGCAUUCGAAUUUCUCGUUUGCGCUUUUUUUUUAUUAUUAAAUAUUUCCGAUCGAAUGAUCGAAAAUUUUGGAACAUAACAUAAUAUUUGUUUGUCGUAUGAGAAAACAUCAAAAGUGAAAACAUCGUAAAUUAUAUACCGGUGUUUUAACAGCUUGGUAGAAUUUGAGGCCCCCCGAAUGAUCUGGUAUUUUAUAAAAGUGAUAUUAAACCCCUAGUAUCUAAAACAGGUGCUAUAAUUUAGAUCCGCAAUAUUCUCAAUGUUCUCAAAGUAAAAAUUCAUCGCCGAUCGGGAUAAAAAUUUAUCGUUUUUUACCGAUAAGAAGGACACAAGUAUAUAAAAUAUUUCAUCGCUUAGGAGUUUCGCAAACUUUCGAAGAUAUUAUACAUCGUAUCAAAAAUGGGAUAUGACGACGUGGCUCCGCACAUGGGAAAUUUCGGUCGAUGGCACUGCAAAACUUAUUUCAUCUUAUUUUUACCGGUGAUAGCCAGUGCCCUUCACAAUAUGUCCGGUGUUUUUUUGGCAGCCGAACCAUAUUUCAGAUGUCUGACGCCUCGUGAAAAUCCUAGAAACGCCACCUUAGAAAUACCCGCGGAUAUGGGAAACGCCAGCUUUCCAUGGGACUCAAGAACCGGAGGCUGGUCGCAGUGCGAGAGAUAUGACAUCGGCCCCGAAGAGACUCGUGAAAUUUUUGGGGAAAAUAAUUCUUCGCCAUAUCCUACAGUGAAGUGCGAUUCUUUCGUCUACGACAAGAGCAACUACGUGCUCACGGUAGCGACUGAGUGGAAUCUGGUGUGCGACUACGCCUGGUUACGCGCUUUCGCCGAUUCGUUAUUCAUAGUGAUAGAUGUUCCCGCGGUGAUCAUUUUCACUGGAUUAUCCGACAAAUACGGUCGCAAAACUAUGUUACUGUACGGCUCGAUAUUUCAAUUAUUGUUGGGUCUGCUCGUCGCUGUGUCUCCAAACUUUGCGACGUACGUCGUCUUGAGGACGCUAUUGGGAACGAUGACGAGUGGACUUAUUCUCGUACCUUACGUAGCUGCCGUUGAAAUGGUCAGUUCGAAGAAUUCGUUAGCUGCCGGACUCAGCAUCAGUGCUGCCUUCGCGAUAGGCAGUGCUCUUCCUGCUGUUCUUGCCUAUUUUACUACGAACUGGAGAAUUUUGCAAGUGACUCUAAAUGCUCCCACUAUCGGGCUCCUCGUGUUCUGGUAUUGGAUUUCCGAAUCUCCAAGGUGGUUGCUGGCCAAGGGCAGAGUAAGCGAAGCGAGGGAUGCGGUCGCAAAGGCAGCCUCGGAAAAUGGGGUGAAAUUAUCGCGAGAUCUGUUGCACAAAUUGUUGGGUAACGAGAACAAAAUCCAAAAAAAAGUUGAAAAGUCAUCGAUUCUUGACCUCGUGAAGCACGCGGAAAUCAGAAACAGAACUCUGGUACUCAUCGUCGUCUGGUUCGUGAACAGCUGUUCGUACUUCGGUCUGUCUUGGAACAGCCGAAAUCUUGGAGGCAACGAGUUCAUAAAUUUUCUUCUAACCGCAGCCGCCGAAAUUCCAGCAUAUAUCGUCAUACUUUCUACAUCGAAGAAGUACGGUAGAAAGAAGAUUUUGUUCGGUGGCAUGAUGAUUUCGGGAAUAUCGUCGCUUUUAACAUUCUUCGUUCCCAUCGGAUCGCGGUGGCUGAUGAUCCUCCUCUCGUCAUUGGGGAAGUUUGGUGUAGCAACUGCACAUCUGACAGCUCUGGUGUUCACAACCAGUCAAUAUCCAACCGCGCUCAGAAAUGUUGGAACCGGAACUUGUUCGGCCGGCGGCAGAAUCGGUGUAGCGGUGACACCGUACAUUAUUUUGUUGUCCAAGACCUCGGCGUGGUUACCAUUCGUCGUUCUUGGAUUCUCCAUUAUUUUGGGCGGUUUGUUGGUGCUGCUACUUCCAGAAACACUGAACACAAGAUUACCCGACACGAUUCGAGAAAGUGAACAGAUGAGAAGUUUCAGAACCAAGAAACAUACCGAACCUCGAAUCGAUCAGCGACUGGACGUAUUCGCAGACACAGAAUUGUUGGAAAGUAGAAACGAGGAAGUCUCCCAGAAAUAAAUCAAAGAAAAUCAUCUUCGAAUUUUUAUGCAUUUGGCUUC